AUGACGGUCGGUGAGGAUCUUAUGAAGCUUCCAGACGAGAUCCUGCUGGAUAUUGCACUCAGGUUUGCCGGCCGCAAGCGCAACAAAUAUUUGAUGAACCUGGCUCUCGUCGACCGCCGUUUCCGUGCCAUCGCACGCGAAGGCCUCGUUCGAAUCGGCAUUGUUACACUGUCUGGCCUCCCCCAGUACAUUGAGCUGCUGGCGCAACAUCCACACUGGGCCGGCCACAUCACUCGUCUCGAGCUCGGAAAACACGACUGGACAACAGGAUGGCUUGGACGCUGGAAUAUGGCUCGGUUGAGCGCUGAGGCACUCGCUGCAUGCGACGACACCAUCGACCGAACAUGGCCGCUAGGCGAACGGGAGCGCUUAAAGCAUGAUCUUCGUUCUCACUGGGAUUACACUGGCAUCUGCCUCUGCAUGCUCAUUGGCAUGUUGCCCAACGUGAAGGAGCUCUCUGUCGGGACCAGCUCUUUCCAGAUGCAGUUUAUGAUGCGUCUUCUUAACAUCCGAUGUCAUCUUCACCGGCGCGACGAGUCCGCAGAAUCCCUGGGCUUCCAGCAUGUUGCCAACCUCCUCGCAGAGAAGCUCCACGUCUUGAAAAUAUCUCGCGAAUCCCCAACCGGGCUCCACGAGACGGAGAGCAUGUUCGACACACAAUCCCUCUCGAAGCUCAAGUUUCUAUCCAUCUCGGGAGAGAGUCUUACUCCGUCGCGAAUAGCGAUCACUAGCCGGCUCGUUAAAUCAACACUAUCUCCAAGUCUCGAACACUUGCGCAUAUUCUACGAUUGGAAAACCUUCUCUUUAGGUUGGCUGAAGCAGCUGUAUAAUUCCAGAGAGUGCUUCAAUGGUUUGCGAGUCGUCCAGUUGUACUUCAGGUGCACCUUUGAGAUGUUCAUGCAAUAUGUCGACGUCCCCGUGUUUAAGAUUGAGUUUCUGUAUUUCUUGGAAGCCUGGAGCAAGACGGCGGUCUCCUUCGAAACGUUUUUCGUCCUUCCUGGGCGGCCCGCGGAGGUGGAGGAGCCAUCCAACUUCGGUAGACAUUGCCUCUUUGCCCCCUUGGAAUCCCUCCUAAGGCCACGGCCACCCACCGAUGGAUAUCUGUUUGGUCGAGCAGCACAGCGCUCCAACAGGACAGAAGAGCAACGCGGGUUGUGCUAG